GGUCUGUUUUGUUGCCAGCCUUGUUUCGGCCUUUGCCGUCUGCCUUUCUGAGGACCGUAGGAUCCCUCUGAUUGGCUGCAGAGGGAAAGGAGCUCCGUCAGCCCACCCACCGCUGAUUAUAGGGACUAUUGCACACUGUGAGUUUCCUUCCCUGCAUUGAGUCUAGGAUCUGGCCCUGGGGCUGAACAACACACGCAGAGCACACAUCAUGGCAGCUACCCACAGCGAGUACAGAGGCUACCUGAGGAACACCGUCGACAUCGAGGCAGGGCAGCACCGCUUCCACCCGGUGCCGAGCUCGGAGCCCACCUAUCGCCCGCUGCUGUUCGGGACCCUUGCUGUGAUGGGAUUGCUUCAAGUGGCUUCCAGCGUGGCGAUCUUGUUACACCUGACAGGCUAUCUGCAAGAGGUAGAUUUGUCCACAGCCCCACAUCGGCCCAUAGAGGAGGUACAGACAGAGCCAGUGCUGAACGCAUUAAGAGACACAAGGAAAAACAAACGGUGCAAAGCUCCGAAAGAAAGCCUACCAUCGGCUCAUCUACCAAUCAGAGCGCAUCAAGAGUAUUCAAAGAAGGGUGAGCCCAAGGCCAUCACCAUUGACUGGGAUGAGGUGCAUGGAUACCGCCACAGAAUGGGCUACCAGAAGGGGAAACUGCUGGUGAUGGAGUCAGGUUUCUACUAUGUUUACGCCAAGACCUGCUUCCGCUAUUACAAGUACAUACCAGAAGACAGCAGUCAGAUCGGCGUCCCACUGGUGGAUGUUAGCAACACCCAGCUCAUCCAGUAUGUCUACCAUGAGAGCAUCAAACAGAAUAGCAAGGCUGUAGUGCUAAUGAAAACGGGCAGCACCAUGCGCUGGAACAACACGAGCUAUAACAUGUAUUGUGCACAGCAGGGCAGAGGGGUCCGGCUGGAUGUGGGAGAUGCUUUGUUUGUCAAUGUGUCCAAUGCGUGGAUGCUGGACCCAGAGGGCGAAGGGACGUAUUUUGGGGCCAUAAAGUUGGGUAACUGAAUUUUAUACACGUGAGAAGACAUGCUACUGAACAUAAGCCAAAGAACCACUGUUAGUGAUUUAUAAUGUUUAUUUGUCAAAAAAGUGUCUUUUUUUUAGUACAUGUUUUUUUUUUGUUUGUUUUUUUUAACAUUGCUCUUUGCCAAAUAGCCUCGGAGUCCCCUUCCCCAAAAAUGAGACACAACUCUCACCUUCACACAAAAUUGCACUGGACUUUUUUUUUUUUUCUUUUUCUUUUUUUUUUUAGACUUUUUUAAGUAUUGCGGUUUGUAUUGGGAUAUUUCAAUACAUUUCAUUUCAGAUUACAACAUUUAGAUUUAAGUGUAGACAUGUGUUUUUAUGCACUAAUUAAACAAACCACGAGGGAUAAAAUAAGGAAGUACGUUUGUUGGCAGGAGGUGCAGCAAGAAAGGAUUUAUUAAUGUUGAUUGUUGGAAAAUGUUGAAAAACAACAUUGUAGUUGAUAGAGCAUCUGCUUGUACUCUGCAGAUUAUCACAGAAUAAAAAUAACAAAACUUCCUGGUCUGUCUGUGACCUACAGCAGUGAAUGCUAAAUAUGUUUUCCUGAAAGGUUUUGUAAGUGUGCACAAGGCAAUCAGUGAGGUAUCCCAGUAAGUCAGCAGUUUUGAUCAUGCUUUAUGUCACCCUCAGAAUCUUUAAGACACCAAAGAAACUUAAUACCAUGAAAAAUUCACUUUGACAUUAUUUUCUAAGCAACAAAAUCAGUUUAAAAAGAAGUUCAUGUGUGUCCUCUGAAAACUCAUUCAUUAACCCAUAUUUUGUCUUAUUGAAGUCUAAUGGCCUGCGACAUGGAGGGCAAUUACACAACAAUGUCAUUUUAAACGAGGUUAUUUUAAGGAGAGAAUGACAUCUGUUGUUACGUUAAUAUCAAUCAACAAGUGAUGCAGAUAGCUGGACUGUCUGACCAUAAAGGACAUGAAUAAACCUCUUCUCUUCUUUAACUAGAGGAACCAAAUUGAGUUUGGUUCAUCUUUAACUUAAAUUUUGUUUUUCAUUUGGCUCUUCAGUGAGGUAAAUGGGAAUAUGCACUAAAUAUUUAUUUAUUAGCUAUAGAAGUACAGAGACAGGUCAUUGUUAAAAUGACCUUUCAGCUGUAAAAAUCAUUUAUAUUUUAUGUCUGUAUGACAUUCAUUAUGCAGCACUUAGAGGAAAUAGUAGACACGCUUUUUGUUAUUAAAACACAGGGGCUUCAUUUUAAAUUCCAUAUUUAUGUAUCUUGAUUUUGACAAUUCUGUGUGCACUUGCUUAGCCAAAAGCAAUAUGGAUAUAUUGUUUCUUCUCCAAGAUUUCCAAGAUUGUAGCAUAUCUGUAAGUUUUUCAUCUGAUUUGAUAGUUUUUUUUUUCGCCAUUCAUUGUUCUUUUUAUUUAUGUAUGUUUUAAUAAAAAACUACUUUUGUAA